GAAAAAAUCGAAUCCAAUUACUCCAUUUUGUAAGCCCAAUUUUGAAGGCCUAUAAACGAACACUUUUCAAUUUGAAACCCUAGCAGCAUACUCCCCUUCUUCGUCUUCACGAACGCAGAAAUUUUAAAACAAGGCAAAUAUGAGAUUGGAGAAGUGCUGGUUCUGUUCUUCUACCGUGUAUCCUGGCCAUGGGAUUCAAUAUGUUCGUAAUGAUGCAAAGAUAUUUAGAUUUUGUCGAUCAAAAUGCCACAAGAACUUCAAGAUGAAGAGAAAUCCCCGCAAAGUAAAAUGGACUAAGGCUUACAGACGGUUGCAUGGCAAGGACAUGACACAGGAUUCUACGUUUGAGUUUGAGAGAAAGCGGAACAGACCUGAGAGAUACGAUAGGAAUGUGACAGAGAACACUCUCGCAGCCAUCAAGAAAAUCGACAAAGUCAGGGUUGACAGAGAGGCCAGGCACCUUGCCAAGAGGAUGAAGCCAAAGAAGGCCCAAUUGCAGAGGGAGGCAGCGAGGGAACUGGAACAGAGCAUUUCAAUGGUCAAAGCUCCAGGAGCUCUACAGCGAGACCCCUCACUCACCUUACCUAUCAAGGUCAAGGUGUCGAAACCUGAGAAAGUUGAUAACCGUAUGGAGGAAUGAUGGCACCACCUCUACAUUUGUUCCCAGUUUACUCAAAGAGGUACUUAAGGCUAAUAUAAGUAGGAACGAAGGAUUGAUUCUACGCAACAACUGGAACUGUUGGAAGUUCUGAAUAGAUAGGGAUUCAUCUUGUUCGUUAGCUGAUGAUGUCUUGUGUUCUAUAUCAUCUUGCCAGUUUUGCAAAAUGUUGUCCAGUAUAUUAAAGUUGUGUUUUUAUUUUUUCUGAACUUGAUGCCUCAGCAUACUGCUGCUUGUAUCAACCUUUUCUUUCCUUUCUUGUAUCACAAAAAGUUGGCCAGUAGAGCAUUCAAUAGGAUUUUCGCUUUCAAUUGGCUACUA